UAUGCCGCGGGGAUACGGCGCACAGUGCGAUGCUGUGCGUCCUCCCGGCGCUGCACGUGCUAUGAGCUGGCUCAUCCUGCAGGUCGCCUACAAGGCCAUCAGCGCGGGGCAGGUAUGGACCUUAUGCCGCGGGGAUACGGCGCACAGUGCGAUGCUGUGCGUCCGCUUGGUGCUAUGAGCUGGCUCAUCCUGCAGGUCGCCUACAAGGCCAUCAGCGCGGGGCAGGUAUGGACCUUAUGCCGCGGGGAUACGGCGCACAGUGCGAUGCUGUGCGUCCGCUUGGUGCUAUGGAGCUGGCUCAUCCUGCAGGUCGCCUACAAGGCCAUCAGCGCGGGGCAGGUAUGGACCUUAUGCCGCGGGGAUACGGCGCACAGUGCGAUGCUGUGCGUCCGCUUGGUGCUAUGGAGCUGGCUCAUCCUGCAGGUCGCCUACAAGGCCAUCAGCGCGGGGCAGAUGGAGGGUGACAUCCGUAGCUCCAGUUCAGAGAUCAGCGAUAGCUCUCACUCCAACCACAGCACUCCGAAUCGUAUCAACAAUAAAAAGGAGACAUAGGGUCCCGCCGGCCGCGCGCGACGCGCCCGCGCUCCGUCACGGGAGCGCACUCGCGCGCACGUGCUUACUAACGGCACGUGAUGUCCGCUGCACGCGCACGCGCGCUUCUGAUCCUGACUACGUCACGUGUUUAGUGAAGUGCACUUUUAUUCUUGAUUACGUCACGUGUCCGGUAAAGCGCACUAUUCUGGACUACGUCAAUUCUCUAGUGAAGUGCACUUUGGUUUAUUACGUCAGUCGUGUCAAGUAAAGCGCGCGUUUUACUACGUCACGCGUCUAGUGAAGUUCACGUCUAUUCUGGAUUACGUCACGCGUCUGGUGAAGUGCGCUUCUAUACCAGAUUGAUACAUCACCUGUCUAGUGAAAUGUAAUAUUCUUGAUUACGUCACGUGUUCAGUGAAGUGCUCUUCUAUUUCUGAUUACGUCACGUGUCUAGUGAAGUUCACGUCUAUUCUGGAUUACGUCACGCAUCUGGUGAGCUGCGCUUCUAUUCCUAAUUACGUCACGCGUCCAGUGAAGCGCGCUUCUGUUGCUGAUGAUGUCACGAGUCUACUGAAUGCGAUAUUCUUGAUUACGUCACGUGUUCAGUGAGGUGCUCUUCUAUUUCUGAUUACGUCACGUGUCUAGUGAAGUUCACGUCUAUUCUGGAUUACGUCACGUGACUGGUGAGGUGCGCUUCUAUUCCUAAUUACGUCACGCGUCCAGUGAAGCGCGCUUCUGUUCCUGACUACGUCACGAGUCUACUGAAGUGCAAUAUUCUUGAUUACGUCACGUGUGCAGUAAAGUGCGCUUCUGUUUCUGAUUAUGUCACGUGUCUAGUGAAGUGCCGUGGACUGUGGGGGAGUGUCUUCAAUCGCCGGAUCUGUACGUAUCCUACUGAUGUUUCCAACUGUACAAUUGUUUGUGGUAUUCAAUGGUAUGUUGAUAGUUGAAACGUGUUUCAAAAGCCGGAUUUUUUCAAGUAUCAAUGAGCAGACGUAUAUUUGUUAUUAUUUAUAGAUUAAAAUUUAAAUUCGCAUGCUAAAUCUCUGGAGUUGCAAAAUUAUGAACGUUCAUAAUGUGUAUUGAAAUUAAAAUACUUUGGAAAUACGCCUCCAAACUUUGCUUUGAAUACAGAAGUCUCAAAAACGUAUGAAAUUUUUUGUUUACAUAAGAACUAAUUUUAUUGAUACAAUAUUAUAUUGAUUUAUGAAUUAUGAAUGACGAUCUAGUCUUAACUUUCCAUUAUGAACAAAAGGAGUUUAACAAAUUUUAUGAACAAAUAAUGAAUGUACCUAAAGUAGUUGGUCAUCAUUUUACGAUACCAGUCUUAAAAGUACAUAAUAUUAUGUCUGCUAUGGCCUUACAAAGACGCUAUAACUUAUAUUUGUUUAACUAAGAACUGAUCAAAAGUUUAUUUACUAGCAUUUAUUUAGUGUUACUUGCUCUAGUUUAACUGUUUUAAGCCCCUCCGUUAAUUGUAAUAAAAAUUAAUGCUUAACGCCAGAAUACUUAAAUAACUUCUUGUCUUAAAUUUUUGCUUACAUGAUAAACGCCCUAUUCACAAACAUUACUAUGAGGACUCACAGUGCGCGUGGACUCACAGGGUGACACACGACAAUAACAGAACUCUAUUCAACGCUAUGCGUUCGAUUUGCUGCUUCACUUAAGCAAGCAUCGUUUGUGAAUACGGGCAUAAAUCUAUUUGCUAUAUUUUCUGUUCGAAGGAAGAUAUUUGCCAAUAAUUUUAAUCAGUUUUGUUUUUAUUUUACAAUUUGUCCCAUUUUUAUAAAUUACGGCAUGUAUUUAAGGCUAUUGUUUACUUUCCUAUUAAUAAUGUUUUAUCUUAUGUCCGCCAUAAAAGGUUCCUAUAUUUACAUAAAAAAAAAUAUUCAAGAAAUGUUCGACGUGGCACGCUGAGAUUACUCUUAUUCCCUGAGAAAUAGAAUGCCUUUUGCAGUCCAACUGUUACACUUGAUUUGCCGUCGAGUGUAAUACUUAUGUAAAAUAACUUUACGUUUUAAAUUCGGGAAAAUAUCUUUAGUUUGCUUGUUAUUAUUGCUUAAAAACUAAAUUAUAAGUCACAAAAUUUUCUCCGGGACCAUAAUUUGGGUAAAAGUAUUAUUUUUAAUAAAAUUAUGCUAGUUUUUUUUAUUACUGUCUAGUUCUAAAAUCACCACUUACCAUUGACUUAAUUUUUCAAUUACCACUUAACUCGUUUUAACUUAAAAUUAAAAUAAUUAGUUUAAUUGUUGCUGGAAAGAGAGAACAAAGUAAUGAGGUUUUAUUAGGCAUUUUUAUUAUAAAGCAUUUCCUCGCACACUAUAUGGUACCGAUAACACGAAAAUAAUAUAUUUACAUUUAUAAAACGUAUUAUAGCCUGACCAGGAACAUAAAAACCCUCGCCAUGUUGCGGAAAACUAAUGGUACUAAUUUCUUUUAAUGGCAACAGUAACUGAAAACUUCAUUGACAUGUCACCUUGCAUGUCAGUCUAUUGCUGUCAAAGUGUAAACAAACUUUAUUUUAAAUGUGCGCAAUUGAUUUUGUGUAUUAAAUUGCUAAAAUCUUUUUAUAGUCGUGAAAGAAAAGUGGUUCACAAUGUGUUAAAGUAUUUGUCGAAGAGAAAUACUAAGGGUUCGGACAAUAUUUUCAUUGAAUAAUGUUUUCAACAAAGAUUGUCAAAUUGACUGACAUGUUUACCGUAUAGUACAGUCCACUAUGAAAAUUUGCUGUGGUUUGUUUCAACUACCUAUUUUAAAGUUUUUUGUCACUUUCUAAGUGUUGAAUUUUAUGGAAUUGGGAGAAGUACCGAGUUUGAAGCGUUCAUGAGCAGACAUUGCAGUUGAAUAUUCAAGUUCUGAAUUUGAUUAUUGAUGAAUAAUAAAAUAAAUCCUACUAACUCGAUUGAUGGUUUCAUUUAAUUUAUUUAAACCAGGUUACCUAUAAUAAUAUUUUUUCGUUAAUUUUUGAAAAUAUCAAAUUAGCCCGUAAUCCUGAAUCCUGAUAACUACUACUAAUUUAACACAGGUACGACUGUACUCAGUGUUGCACUAUCAAAUGCAAUUGACGCGCCUCUAUGCCAGGGUUUUUAUGUUCCUGGUCAGGCUAUAGCAAAAUUCUCUUUUUAUGAUUUGUGACUUGUGAGUCUAAAAUUGAUACUGAUCUCACACAAAAGGAUAUGAAACAAUUAAAACAACGACUUUACAUCUUAUACCUACUUAACUCUAAAGUUUAGUAAAAUGAGCUGUUAAAAAUAUAGCUCUAAGUGAGAUUUCAUACUUAAUAAUAAGUAUGAUAUUGACAUUUUGUCCUCGCUUUAUUUACAUUAACUAAAAACGCAAUAACAGCUGUUUUCUCAGCUAAAAUAUAUGAAUUGAGGUUGGUGCCUGCAUAAUACAUUUAAAUAUUUACUUAGGUAAUUGUUAAUAUUUUAGAUAGCGUAAUAUUAUAUGGGCAAAGUUAUUGUAUCGCUUGCAGUCAUUUCGAUUCUAGAAUAAUAAAGUUCUUAACAUUUAAUGCCCUAUUCAAUUAAGGUUUGAGUAUUGAAGGUACUUGAAUAAAAACGCAGCGCAAGGCAGCGUGGUGGGGAUAGUUCGUUAUUUGUGCGAGAGCCGUGGUUGUGAGCGGACGUAUUGUUUCGCGGCGUAGGUUUUAUAUGAAAUCGUUUUUCAAAAAUAACGGGCGAUAGAAUAACAAUGCUUAAUGUUUAUAACGGUUACUAAAGUUAGUGCCUGAUCGCACGCGUGCAUUCAUUACUCACGAGAUUAAGUUAGUUUAAGUAUAGGAUAAAGGUAUAUUUGAACUUGUCCAAUUAUUCAAAGUCAGUUAAAUUUCAGCGAAUUUCGUUGUUUUCACUGAUUUUGUUCACUUAGGGUCGUAUUCUAAAACAACGCUUAAACUAUAGUCUGGUCUGUGAGCACGUAGAAUUUUGUCCAAUGACCCCAGGCUACCCAUUCUUAUCGCUCGCACGUAAUUAUAUUGCUGUCGCGACUGUGCGACGGGCGCCCGCAGUGAGUGUGCGAGCGCGACAGCAACAUAAUUACGCGCGAGCGAUAAGGAUGGGUAGCUUGGUGUCCAUGGACAAUAUUCUACGUGCUCACGGACCGGGCUUUAGAUUUAAACACUCAGGCUUGUGAUUUUCAGGCUUGAAGGACGUCGUAGCACACUUAUCAACAUGGAAAGUGAUCGCAACCGUAUCAACUCGAGGCGGUCAGUAUUCUUUAAAUGAAACUCCAUAUUGCAACGCACACUUAUCUACACCGUAACGUAAACGCCUCGCCUCGCGGUUGACAGCGCGCGGAAGGCGGUGUUGAUCCCUUUCCGAGUUGACAAGUCUGCUAUGACCUUAAAUCUGUUAUACAUUGAAGAUGACUGAACGUUGUUUUUUAAUAUGUAAUUGUACUCUACAGUUUGUCAACUUGUAAAAAUAAUGUGUUGUGAAUAUUAUUCGAUACAUUUGACCGACUGUAGAAACAAAUUGGAACGAGUUUUAGCUGUUAAGCUUGCGGUGCAUGUACUGAUUAUGAAGUGUACGGUCGACAGCAGAUCAACAUACCACAAAAACUAGUUUCUUCAAUGGAUUUUGGGCUUUAUUUCCUUAGAUUUUUGGUAAGUUGAUGUCUUGGUGACUGUACAUUAUUGUUCUUAUUGCACUCGUGUAUGUGUGUCGGUGGUAUUGGGUUUUGGGUUAAAUCAAUAAGUGGCUGAGGCUCUCCAGAGGCUUUUUAAUUUUAAUGUUUUUGAUGUAAGGUUGAAAAUGGAUUGUACCUAGCACAUACUUGACUGUUGUAUUGUAUAGUCUGUUCUCUCGCACACUCACUGCGGCCGUCCGUCGCACAGUCGUGACAGCAAUAUAAUUACGCGCGAACGAUAAGGAUGGGUAGCUUGGGGUCAUUGGACAAAAUUCUACGUGCUCGGAGACCGGGUUUUAGUUUUUAUUUUUCUGAUCGUUUUUAUGUCAAUUUCGGGUUGUUUUAAUAAGAAAGUCCGUCAGUUAUUGACAAUCAAAAACCAUUUUUAAAUUCUCCGACACAUUAACACGUAGUCCCUUCAGAUGGUUGAUCUUUAGAACAAAUAUAAGGCAACGGAGGAUCAUAUCAUUUGUCGUUAUUAUUAUACUAAAAAGCACAUUAUUUACUAGUUAGAUUAAUGUUUUGUCUUAAUGCUAUAAUAUCGAAAACACCCAAAGAUGCUUUAUUAAAUUUAGUAUUAGAAAGUAAGAUAGGUCUUAGUACGCCACAGAGAUGCAAUCGGCGAUUAAUUUUCAUUAUGCUGUCAGUGGCAUCUGUGUGACGUCAUAUACGGACGACAAAACAUCAAGCUAAAAUCUAAAUACUGCUGGAAUCUUAUGCCCUUGUGAUAAGUGCUAUAUUGCAACAAAAAUUUACACUUGAUGUGCUGUCAACGUGAGACCACCACGAUGUCCGUCUUAAUAAUAUUUUUUAAUUAAGCGAUGUUACAUUAUCAAGUACAUUAUUAUAAUAAUAAUUAUAUGACUUAAAGACCAAAGCUAGCGCAUUAUAAUAUUAAGUGACAAAAUACAAACACUGGUCACACUGUACAUAAUUUUAUAUUUUUGAAUUCGAUGGCUAUGCGUUACUUGUUUAUAAUUUUAUGAAGCAAUAUUUUUGUGUUCUUAAAAUAUAUUAUUUGGUUAUGUACGUGUUAUAUACUUUGUUGAAUAGGUGCGGGGUUUAGGUGCCUGGUUAAAAUAUAUAAAAUACAAAUAGAUAAUGAUAUUUAUCCAGCCAUACUACUAAAUUUGUGCCUUUGCAUAAAAUCAGAACUACUGUAUAGCUGGAUUCACUGCAGAUCUUACCUUUAGUAAAAUAUUAUAUUAAAUUGUAUUUCAAUAUAAUCCAGUACUAAAUAGAAAAUAUUUUAAAUGUUUGUUAUUUGUUAAUAUGAUAGAUACCACAGUGUUGGAUAAAUUGUAAUCGUGCUAUUUUGUUUCUGGUAACAUAUUUAAUUUCAAAGUUUUCUAUCACAUAUAAUAUGAGUUAUUUCAUAUUAAGAAUUGUACCAUUAUAACUAUCUACUUGAAUAUGUGCAAAUUAAAAGACAAUGGUGUGAUAAUAACACAACGAAAAUCAUGUGCUCUUAUUUGUGUAAAAAAAUCGCAAUCGCAACACUGUGGCGUUCUAUCUACCACCAACGUGUACUUACUAUGUGUGCUACAGUGAGUGUUUGUUUACAAUGAGGAUUUGUAUUUGUUUGGUGCAAGUGUACUGAAUAGGUAUCAUAGGAUAGUUUGGUGCCUUCAUCCGUUGAUUGGCGAUGGAGUUUAGAAAAUCUUAGGAUUUGAAGUUUAGAUUCCAUCGUCAAAUAAAUAUUUAUCUUUAGCUAAACGUCUUUAGAUGCUACCAGUAAUACUGAAAAGUAUUUUUGGUAUAAUCUAUUGAAAAGUUAUCAUACUGAUAGAUUUUUAAGCAUGAGCCUAAAGUUGUUGUACACUAGGUUAAAGUAUAGAAACAACAUUGUUUUCAAUAUGGCACAAACAUUUUUAAAUGUCCUAUCGUCUUCGCAUUUAUAGCUUAGUUCAUAUAAUUUAUAAAUGUCUGAAUUAUAAUUUAUUUUUACAUUAUAAUUGAAAUUAUUUAUCCUGGUUGAAUUCUGUUUAAGUAUUAUGUUUUAGAUAUUGUUUAAGCAAAUUGAUUUUAAACUUGUUAGCAAUUUCCUGACAAAACAAAAUGGAACCAUCCUGCCACGAAAUAUAGUGGAUUUUUUUGGAACUAAAACAUAAAACUGCUGUUCCCUAUAGUACAGUACCUCUAGCAUGAACAACUUUCGACUUCGAAUCGUUUGCGUAUUUGACAAAAUUCGAUAUUCAACCUUCGAAUUAAACGAUAACGUGACAAUUUUGAUUCUCAAAAUAAGUUUCAACCAUUUCUCAUACAAAGUUCACUUUACGACACGUUCACAAGGGCGCUGUUGUAGUUUUCGUACUAAAUCUUUUGACGGCGAUUCGAGUACGCAAACGAUUCGAACUCGAAAGUUUUUCGUGCUAGCCGUACAGGUGCGGCUAAAGAUAUUGUUAAUGUAAUUAUUUUAUAAGGGUACCAAUUGAGUUGUCUCUAAUUAGUUAUGAUGAGUUUUAAAUAUGUAAAAUGUGUUAUACUUUAUUCAUUGUAAUUCCUAAAGUUUUACUGAAUAUCAUUUCGUAUCUAUAUAAUGUUGAAUCACAUUUAUUUUAUGUAAUGAAAGUUAAUGUUUUGAAGAUGAUUAUUACUAUAUUAGUUUAUGAUUAUGAUUGUGUAAAAUCUUAUUUAUUUAGAUUGGAACUUGAGAUUCGUAGUUGUCAUUUUGUCAAAAUAAUUUAAACAAAGUUUGCUGUGAUUGGAUGUCAUUUUAUUAAUUUGACAAAUGGCAACACUAAAAUUAAGGAUUUUGGCAUAUCGCCGCGCAAUCGAGACAGCGAAAUUUUCAACUCGUAUCAGAGUUCAAUCUAUCAUUCAUGAAUCUGAGAGAUCUGUGGGACUUCAAACGUCGUUUUCGUAUUUUUGGAUAUCCGUUGCUAUCGCUAGACGGAUCGAUCCAAAAAAGCGGGGACAGCGCCUUGAGAAGUCCCACAGAUGUGCGAAACUACUUGAUCGCAAAAAUUAUAAAGGUUUAUUGGCGGAAAGUUGUCGGAGCCUGAAAUUGUUAUCAAUCUAAUAAUUUGAUUUCAAUUAUUCCACAUAACUUAUACUGAAAUAGGUAACUUAAAAGUUUUGUACUGUCUUACGGUUUCUUGCUUUUUGACCAAAGCAAUGGCAGGGUUUUUCAGGUUGUAAAAUAAUUAUUAUGUAAAAUCUUGUAUGUACCUAGUCUUUGUCUUUAAAGUUAUGUGGGAUACAAUGUUAAUAUUAUACAUUUAUGUGUUGUGUACAGUGGUGUGUAUGUUGAUACUUGAGCAUUGUUUUGCGAAAAUAUCCUCUUUUGUAUGCGAACAAAAUGAAAGAAUAAAAUAUAAAUAUUACAAA